AUGAGCAAGCAUCGUUUUCAUAUUUUAACAGAUGAAGAAACAGGGAUAAAGAGAAUUGAAGUCAUUGCCAGUGGACUUACAGUCGCAGGGUGUGGAAAAAAAUCAGGUUACUGGUUACCAGUAAUGGGCAGCUUUACCAGUGGGAUGGAAAGUGGCAAGAACAGCCAGCGAGGGGAGCGUCUGGAGAAGGCAAUGGCAGGAACCAUUAACGUUCAUGGCAUCUGGCACUGCGAGUGGCGUGCGCCUACGUGCAAGGCUGCCGGUCCCCCAUCCAUGGAGCCACCUGCAUGCAAGCGUGUCCCUCACGCCCCACGUGUGACCGUGGCUGGUAAUUUCACAUACUCAGCCUUGGGAAGCAGAGGCAUUUUGCAGGGAUUUAAUCUUCGCUUGACAAUUCUGGACCCCGCUGUCCCCGAGUGCUUGAGCGGAGAGGAGGGAGCGGGCAAGAGGAAGGGCUGCUGCUGCGCCCGGGAGCUUGAGACGUCGUUUACCUACGUGGAUGAAAAUGUGAACCUGGAGCACGCAAGGAGUCCCCCCUCUCCUCCAGACAGCGGCUGCCAGGGUGCCCCCGCGCAGCAGGACCCUCGCGGGACGCUCCCGCCGGCCUGGGGUCACCAUUCCCCGUCCCUCGUCUCCGAGGAAGAUGAUGCCGCCUCCGAAGCGACUUCGGGGAAAUCCGUAGACUAUGGGUUCAUCAGUGCCAUUUUGUUCCUGGUCAGCGGCAUUUUGCUGGUGAUUAUUUCCUACGUGGUGCCCAGGGAUGUGACUGUAGAUCCCAACACAGUGGCCGCCAGGGAGAUGGAGAGACUGGAGAACGAGAGCGCCAGGAUUGGCGCUCACUUGGAUCGAUGCGUUAUCGCCGGCUUGUGUCUCUUGACCCUGGGGGGAGUGGUGCUCUCCAGCCUUCUCAUGAUGUCCAUGUGGAAAGGGGAGCUGUACCGGAGGAGCAGGUUCGCCUCCUCCAAGGAGUCUGCAAAGCUGUACGGGUCCUUCAACUUCAGGAUGAAGUCUGGCGCAAAUGACAAUAUGUUAGAGCUAUCGUUAGUUGAGGAAGAUGUGCUUGCCAUAGAUAAUUAGUGUGGUCAUGACUUUUAAGGCAGCAUUUCCACAGGAAAAUAUAUUUAAUUAAAGAAAACAGAUGCAGCUUAAGAUAGCUGGUGAUGCAGUUAAUUUGUCCAACCUGAAUGAUUUUUUUUCGUAAGCUCUAUAACUGAAUGUUUGCAGUACAUGAGCACUUGUUGUAAAGGGAAAACGUGCCAGAGAAAAUGCAGUCAAUAUAAAAUGAUGAAAACCACUGAAUAAAAAGAGAUUGGUGAUAA